AAUACCAUUAGAAAGCACCGUUUCCGUGAAACGUGCGUCUCUCGCGACGGGCGGGCCAGGCUUUUACUUGCCGAGGGACAAGGCCUCAGCGCAGAUGUCAAAGAAUGCGAAGAGAAAGGAGAAGCUCGAUCGUGAACAGUGAAUUCCACGAGUGUGUGCUGCCACGUUGUGCGUGAGUGACUUGACCGUGUGUGCCUCUAAACUAUUUCACGUUUGUGUGCGUGCCGUGGGACUUGCCAGUGUACCUUUUCAAAGGUGAACAGAGAAGAGGACGCGGAGAGAGAUCAUGACAGUGGCAACGACCAUUGAACAAGUGGGUCUCUGACCCCAACGGACACGAUAAACAGGUCCGGGUUUAAACAGUAUUUUAUGGGAUUAUUCUGCGCCGCUGCGCGGGGGCCGUUCGAACAUCGUGAAAUCGUUUCGCGGAGUCCGACUUGAAAUAGCACUUCGAGCGGGGCUAUCAGUUAAUUUUAGAAACUCUGAUAGAUCUGCUGACGCGAGUUAACUAUGAUUCACGUGCCGUCCUGGAUUGAGCAGAGGUAACAACGAACCGUUUUCCUUUGUCCGACAAUGAGGAACAUGGGAAACUAGAUCCAGUCGUCGAUCCCCGGAUCGGAACCGAGGAACCAUGGAAACGUCGUCGUGACGUAAAUGUCGGGGCUCGUUUCAACCCCUUGGAGUGAAUUGGGCAGCAAACAAAUUGCUCUACGCAUCCUCAACGUUUCGUAAUAUUCUGAAGUUCCGGGUCUUACCCAUAUAGAUCGUUAAAUAAAAACAUAUAAAUAUAAAUUUACGAAUCGUUUAGAUUUGCCAGAGAUUCGUCUGUUAAAAGGUCGCAGCACCUGGGAAAAAUUAAGUACAGAAACGAUAAUUUAGAGCAAUUGAAAUUAUAAAACAUGAUUUAUUCCAACUGCUCAUUGCUAAUCACGUGACUCGGAUGCGGUGAUUCAACCGUACAGAAGUGCUUCGCGCUGAGCUGUCUUUAUUACUAAAGUAACUGUCGUUGGUGGAAUGUACGAAGCAAGUGUUAAUAAUUCUUCGUGUACGUGUUCGACGCUUCAUCGAGAUACCCAAACUGAAGGACCGUCCUCGAGUCUUGCAAAGGGAUCGAAGCAUGUGGCGCAGCUUCUACGUUCCUGGAUCGUACGGUUGAAAGAGAGCGCCGAGGCGGAGAAAUUUCCUAUCGAGAUGGAGGUGAAACCAAUCCCGAAACCUAGGACGUCGGUGACGGAUCGACCGGUACCAGCGCCAAGAAGAUUACCGUUGGUCGUUCCAGCGGCCAGACUCAGCAGUCACAGCGACUCGAGUCAAUCGGAGAAAAGCGACGACUCGAAAUCGAUCCCGGAGACACGGACCGCGAACAAUGAAUUUUUUCGCAACCUGAGCACCAGCUCCCGGCAACUGAAAGACGAGAUUUCGGAGAAGGUGACGACCAAGGGCCGCGCGGUGAUCUCCAGCACGAGAAACGUCAGCAUCCGGCUGGAAAAGUCGGUGAAGAACCUUCUGACCAGACGACUGUCGUCUUUGAAUCAGGAUGAGCUUUUCCGCGACGGUUCCGACGGUAUCAAGAAAUUCAAGGAUCCCGCGGAGGACGAUAGAUGCGUGUCGAUGCCCGCCGACGAUAUUUUCAGCGGCAUCUCGUUCUACAGUCCCUUGAACAGUAAUCUGAGGAGCGUCAGAAACGAGGAAGACCUAUCCGGUACGCGACCCAGUCCACCGCCUCCAGUUUAUCCUCCUCCUCCGCAUCCUGACGAGUUUAUCUACAACGAGCUGCAGUCCGUCACAUCGGGUAGCAGUCGGUACGACACGAUCAGCUCGACCAUCUCUGACAAAAUCGAGAGGGACUUCCCAGAAUCGUUCAAUCUUCUCAGUUUCGCCCUCAAUCAGGCCAGCGAUUCUGAUCAAAGCUUAAAUUUGUCGGACGUUAACGUAACCCUGCCCCACGACAAAACCGACACAAGAAGGCUAUCCAGAUCCGAUUCUUGGAUAUUUUACGACACCGCGUCAGCUGGCAAGUCGGACGGGAUCGACGAGCUAGACAGGAUAUCAAGCGCGGAGGAGGAUAUUCUUGACAAAGAGGUGCCCAUUUUGAACAGGACAUCCACGACCUCGAACGAGAGUCAAGCGUCCGUGCAAAAUUCGUUGUACGAGAAUCUAUCGCCCCAAAAAGCUGUUCCAGAAGAGAAACAGCCAACGUCGACCAGCUCGGAGACUAGACAGUUAAACAGCAGGUCGCUGUUGUUCGAAUUCGAUCCAUUCGCGCGAACCUCCGACGAGAAUGUUUACAGCAAUUUCGAGAACAACGAUCUGAUGUUGCUGGAGACUCUGCUCGCCACGAAUGAUUCGCAUAGCAGUGCUGGAAGCAUUCUCGAUUACCAGGAAACCGUUGAUAAUGAGGAGGAGCAGGACGAAGCGGACGACGAAGAUAUGCUGCAUCCGCAAAUUUCCGCAGUGCCGCCGGAACCGCCGAAAAGAUUCGAUUCCUUGCCAAAAAGCGACUACGAUGGGGUCGCGGAUACCACCUCGGUGCCAGACAAGAUCUCUAUAACCAAAAAUCCGGCACUGUUGCCGAAAUUGGCGCACCUGGUGACCCGGAAACAACCCGCCGUGCCACCUAGAAAAUUAACUUCGAAAAUUCGCGCCAACGAUACGCCAACGAACGUGACAGCGACCACCAGUGAUGGCACCUCACCAGUCACAACGACGGCGACCGCCACCUCGACGGCGAAAAGCACCGAUGAAACUGUGACCAGUCCCUCGAAAGGAAAAACCACGGAGGAGCAUCGACGCAUAGGCGUGAUACAGAAACUAAAAAAACUCAGGCACGAAUCCACCAGCCACGGUAUCAGACCGAACAUGAUCAAUUUCGUGAAGAGCGGGAGCAAACUGUUGUCCAGAAAUCGUGACCACGGCGGAGUGUCGAGCUCUAAAUCGACGAAACUGGAAAGGCCAAAGGUCAACGCUCCGCAGAAUCCUGCGACGCACAGGGGAAUUGUUUACAGGACUGGCGUUGGGAUCGAAAGGGCUAAGGACCUCGUGGCGCGAGCGACGGUGUUGGCUGACCAGAAACUCUCGUUUUACGCCGAUAAGGGCAUGUCUACUCUGAAGGAGGUCAUUCACCUCGAUACAGUGUACAGCAUUCAUCUUCUGCAGGAUGUAAAGGUAGUCGAUGGCGAAACAGUACAUUGCAUAGCAAUUAGCGUGGAAGGAAGGCUAAGCGUUCACGUAUUCUACGCGAAGGGCAUCGCUGAACGAAGAGUGUGGGCUCAAAGAAUAUUGGAGGCCGUUACUCCAGUCUUUCUCACGAAAUAUACAGCCGAACUAACGAGAGCAGGAUGGGCCUACUUAAAGGAAGGUAUAACAGGUACAUGGUUUCCAGCUUGGGUUCUCCUGCACCAAAGAACUCUAAUUUACACGAAAUCGCUGGACCCUCUCAUGGCCAUAACUUUUGGAGAACUCGACCUUCGAAAAGCGCGUUGCAUUGUUUUACGAGAACAGGAAGGGCCGAAUUCCGGUGCCGGUUCCGUUCCAGUGGUGGUCGUGGACACAGGUGGCAGUGGUGCAUUACACAUGACUGCACCAGGUACACACGAAGGAUCUGCAUGGAGGCACGCGCUAUACCAAGCAGCCACUACCUGCGGCCCUGCUUUGGAACAGCAACAACUCACGCAGGACGACGUGCCUGUGAUCCUCGACAAAUGCAUCAAUUUUAUAUAUGUACACGGUAUUAUGUCGGAGGGCAUUUAUCGCCAAAGUGGAUCCAACAGCGCCGUUGUUCGAUUGCUGCAGGCCUUUCGACGGGACGCAUGGGCGACGCAAAUUACAAAAAGCGCGUAUACAGAGCACGAUGUCGCCACGAUUCUCAGAAGGUUUCUCCGUGAUCUACCGAAUCCAUUGUUUCCCGCCAAGAUACACGAUCGGCUUUGUCUGAACUCAGAGAACAAUAACGAGAACGAUAAAGUCUCGACAUACAGAAAACUGUUAGCUCCGUUGAGUCCUGUGCCUGCGGCGACACUCAGGAGGAUUCUUGCUCACCUUCACUGCUUGAGUCAGCAGUGUUCCAGGAACCUGAUGACUGUCGAAAAUCUAUCCGCGAUUUGGGGACCGACAUUGAUGCACGCCGGUGAAAACAGCGCGGAGGAAUGGAACAGAGCCGAGACCAGGGUCGUCGGUGAUCUAAUAAGGCUUUAUCCGAAGCUCUAUCAAGUAACAGCUGCCGAUCUAGAGAAAGAGGCGAAAAUAUUGGAGGUCCUCGAGAAGCAUCACGUGUCGAACAACGGACUACGGGGAGCGCCAUCGGGCGAUCUGAAAAUGUGGAUAUACAUUUUCUCGAUAGACGGAGAAUGCGUCAAUGUGACCAUUGGGCCACAAAAGACCGCGUUCGACAUUUGCCAGGAACUCUCCGAUAAAACGGAUUUGCCGGCACAUGAAUUAUGUUUAGAAGAAUAUACGUUGUCUGGUGCAUUGGAACGACCACUGCAUCACGCCGAGCGUGUCCUCGAAACAGUGGCGAGGUGGGGAUACUGGGAUCCCGAGGAUAGAAAGGACAACGUCCUCAUUCUUAAAAAAGAUCAACUGUACAAGGAUAUAGUACCACUGAUAAAACCGCCAUUAACACCAUCCGGUGAACUUAAAUUUGCGGACAGAAAGACUAAACAUUUCAAAACCUACCUCUUCGAACUUAGUCAAGCGAAGCUUUGCUGCUACAAAGACAAAGUCUGUUCUAAUAAAUUGUAUGAAUGGAAAAUAGAAGAAAUCGUUUGGUAUUUGGGCCACGAACCGAAGCGAAAUCCGCAAACUGGAUGGUCCAUCACGUUCUUACCAAAAAAUAAAAAACCAACAAGGUGUAAAGAAAGCCCAUUUUUUGGGAACACGUUGGCGGGAACAUUAAAGGACGAUCAAUACAAAUGGUUAGCAGCUAUGAUCUUUGGGGAAUAUCAACAAAAUCUACGUCCUUCCGCAAUUAAUCUUAUGGAUCCAUAAAUGACUAACGUAUUUGUCUAAUAGAGGUACAAACGAACCAUUAGACGCCGAUUUUAAUGAAACUUUACACAAAUGUUGGUCAAACCUAAGAACUAUGACUUAUCAUUUCAUUGCUACUAAUUUCCAACUUUAAAAGAGGUUCUAUUUUUAUUGAAAACAUUUCUUGUAAAUUUAAAAAUUAUGUAAGCCUGGGUGAAACAUGUGAUUCUGAUAUAAGAGAUGGUUUCUAUUCUAAAGUUAAAAAGUAGUAACAAUAAAAUACGGCAUAAUUCUUAUAUAUAAUAUUUUUGUAUUACAUAUUAAACGAUUUUGUCCUUUGUUUAGUGCCCAUGCUUGCCUUAAGACGAACACGAUUAUAACACUGUUAAAUCGUAAUCUAUGUACGUGUAUCAAAAUAAACGAUAUCAUUGAGAAAGUUCUUAAAGCAAACGAAUAUAAUGCUAAAACUUACUCGAACAUUUCAAUGGUUCAAAUAACUUAAUCAAUU